GUUGGAUGUGAGUCUAGUAAACGCGACCGUUCUGUUGUCAGUGAGAGAAUUGUAUGGAGAUUACAAAGAAAACGAAUAUUAUUUGAAGAAUGGAGUUGCCACCUGACCUGGAAACCGUCUACCAGGCCGUGUAUUCCUUAUACAAUUAUUCGGAUCUUUCGAAAACAUCCAAAUGGUUGGACGAAUUACAAAAAUCGGUUUUUGCUUGGAAAAUAGCGAACGAAAUGUUGCUGCAAAAACGAGACAUACAGUCUUGUUAUUUUGCUGCACAGACAAUGCGCACUAAAAUACAAUUGAGUUUUCAAGAGCUACCCCCAGAAGCUCACAUCGCUCUGAGAGAUUCUUUAAUGAAUCACAUAUCACAAACUAAUGAAAACACAAAUCCAGCCAUUGUUACACAGUUAUGUUUGGCAUUGGCUGAUCUUGCGCUGCAAAUGUCUUCAUGGCAAAAACCAGUUGUAGAUUUAAUCAAUAGAUUUGGAGGAUCAACUAAUAAUUUAUGGGCAUUACUGGAAGUAAUGACAGUAUUACCGGAAGAAGUAAAUUCAAGAUCUCUUAGACUAGGAGCCAAUCGCAGACAACAUGUAUUACAAGAGCUCAAUGCAAGUGCAGACACAGUAACUGAAUUUUUUAAAAUGUGUCUGAAGAACGGUGGACAAGGUAUACAUAUACGUAGUACAAUUCUUAGAUGUUUUACAAGUUGGAUCGCAGUGCAUGCUAUCCCUCUUGUACCUACGAGCGAUGUUAUUGUAUAUACACUUCAAAUACUUGGAAAUCAUUCGGCCCUAUCUUCACUACAUGAACCAGCUGCAGAUUGCAUAUGCGUCAUUCUACAAGUCCUAGAAGAAGAUAGUAAUAGCAACCGUGAUAACAAUAGCGAAUCAACUAUACAGUUACAACAACUGCAACUGUGGCUUUUUACUAGUGUAGUAGCUUUGGAACAACCUUACCACUUAUCUGUUGCAUGCGAAGAUAUGGACAAGUCGAUAAAUUAUUGCCGAAUUUUUACGGAAUUAGCUGAAACCUUUUUAGAAACAAUUAUAAAUGGCUGUGUCGGAGGAAAGCAACAUUAUGCGAUUAAGAUUCUGGACCUUGUUUUAGUAUGUGUUGGCCAUCACGACUACGAGGUGGCACAAAUAACAUUUAAUCUGUGGUAUCGCUUAUCCGAAAUUCUUCAUCAAAGAAAUAGCGAUGACCUCAAUGCUGUAUUUCGACCUCACAUUGAGAGAUUAAUCGGAGCUCUCUGCAGACACUGUCAAAUGGAACCAGACCAUCUGGGUCUAGUAGAGGAGGGUGCUGGCGGAGAAGAAUUCGCUGAUUUUAGAAAUCGGGUAUCGGAGUUAAUAAAAGAUGUCGUCUUUGUUGUUGGAAGCAGCCACUGUUUCCGACAAAUGUUUUCUUCUCUAACGGGUGGCCCAAGCCCACAGGGGCAACCUAAUCAUGUACCUACGUGGGACUCGACUGAAGCUGCAUUGUUUGUAAUGCAAGCAGUUGCAAAAAAUAUUUUACCAAAAGAAAAUGACGUAGUUCCAAAAGUAGUAGAAGCUAUCUUAAAUUUACCUGAGAAUACACACAUAGCUGUUCGUCAUACGAGUAUUCUUUUAUUAGGAGAACUCUGUGAAUGGAUAGAUAAUCAUCCGCAAUCUCUAGAACCUGUUUUAAAUUUCCUCCUGACCUGCCUAAGUCAAAAAGGGUUAGGAAGUGCGGCUUGCGGUGCAUUAUUGAGUAUAUGCACAGCUUGUCCUUUACACAUGGCCUCUCAUUUCCCAGGAUUGUUACAAAUUGCACGUUCCCUCGACAGUUUCGCCAUCAGCAAUGACGCAGCCAUUGGUUUAUUGAAGGGCGUAGCAAUAAUCAUGUCUAGCUUACCGCGCGAUGAAAUUACUCAAGCAAUGAAAGAAUUAUGUUGGUUCCAAGCUAGGCCGCUCUGUGAAAUCAUGGAACGUAGAAUUCCAAUUGAAACAGGAACAAAGACUGAUCCUUUGAUAUGGCUAGAUAGAUUAGCUGCUAUAUUUAGACAUACCGACCUUCGAAUCGAUGAUCCUAACGAACCUCAUCCUUGUCAGAGCGCCGUUACCGAAAUGUGGCCGAUACUGUCGAAUGUAUGUACAACAUAUCAACAGGAUGCGAAAGUGAUGGAAAGAUGCUGUCGCUGUUUGAGAUUUGCUGUGCGUUGCGUAGGAAAACAUUCCGCCCAUCUUCUCGAACCGCUCGUCAAACAGAUUGUGCAAUUAUAUUCGGCGCAUCAACACAGUUGUUUUUUAUAUCUUGGAUCAAUAUUAGUUGAUGAAUACGCUAUCGAUCCGGAAUGCGUUUCUGGUUUAUUAGCAAUGUUAGAAGCAUUUAUCGGGCCUACCUUUAAUCUUCUCCAACAACAGGACGGAUUAAAAAAUCAUCCAGACACGGUGGACGAUCUUUUUAGACUAUGUGCCAGAUUCUUACGAAGGGCUCCCAUCCCUUUCUUACACUCCGCUAUGAUAGGUAGUAUAAUCGACUGUGCCUUAAUGGCCUGCAGUUUAGACCAUAGGGACGCAAAUGUUUCUGUAAUGAAAUUCUUUUACGAUCUUUUCCAUUGCGGCCGUAACAACGAGAAUCGAAGCGACUAUUCAAUACGACGGGAAUUGGUACAGCGCAUGUUGAGGGAGAAAGGACAAACUUUAGUGAUGAGACUGCUACAUGCGUCAGUCUUCUCAUUAUCCUCUUACAUGCUGUCCGAUGUGGCAGAUGUUUUCGUCGAAUUAUCCCUAUCUAAUAGAGAAUUGCUGUCGAAGUGUCUAGAAGAAGCCAUUAAAACGAUGCCAUCGCAAAACGCGGGUGGUUCUCCAACAGCUCAACCGGAGCAACUAUUUGAUUUUCAUAGUACGGUUACAAGGGCGGAAACAGCAAAGCCCGUGAAUGUGGCCUUACGAAAUUUUGCACGUUUAUAUCGUUGAUAUAGUCUGACGUAAAGCUGACGAAAAACGUUAAAAUUAAAUGAACACCGAAAAUCUUCCAGGAUCCUUCAUUUAGACAACAAUCUUGAAGGUGUUUAAUAAAACAAGAUUAUCUUAAAAUGGUGAGUUCAUGCUGUAUAAACGUAUUUGACAGAACUUUUAAAUACAUUUUACUUGUUUACUAUCUACACAUUCCUUUGCAAAGUAUGUAAAAAACAAUAAAGAUAAGCUUACCUUUUUUUUUACAAAAUGUGAAAUAAAAUAAAAUGAAAUUCACGAUAAAAAAGUUCGAUUUUUUGUUGUGAACAGCUUCUUUUUUACCAGUAUCGUACAGGAUAUCUUUAGACGCUCUGCAUACUUUUUGGAUAAACUCUAUUAGUUAGUUUUGUGUAUAGCUUCGUCGCGUCUUGUUCCACAUUGUGGCUGAACCUACGAUACCCAUAGAAAGUGAUAGCUGGAUUACCUAUUAUAUUAGGUAGUAUACGUCUAGUCAGCCGUUUGCAAAUAAUUAACAUUAUGAAUACUUUGCAGAUAACGUGCAGGUAGUAAACAUUGGGAAAUCGGAACGAUUAUACCAUAUUUUUAUCAUUUCCAUCAUAUUUUAACGGACAUCCUUCCAACGGAAUGUUGUGAAAUUUCUUCGAGAAACGAUCGUGAACAUGCUAUUCGAUUCAUCGUGUUCUAUAAACGUAUUGGAUUGCGCAAGAUUAUACAAAGCUUUUACGACUUCAACUGUUCUGUCGCAGGGUAUCACUUUCGGUCGCUAUAUACAUAUAUAUAUAUAUAUAUAUAUAUAUAUAUAUAUUUUUUGUUCAUAACCAGAAUGCAAAUCAAUUAUGUAAAUGCGUUGAAAACCAGAUGUGCGAUCUGUACGAAUUUUUAAUUGACAUGAGAUACAGAGCUUGUUCACACUUGUGUACCUCCUUCGUGUGGCUUGCAAAGUCUAAUUUUAUAAUGAUCCAGAUCAUGCUUAAGGUUUACAGGAUGUGAUAUGUUACAUUUAUAUUACGAGGCAGAAUAUACGUGUGUCAUGUUUCCGCUAUACGAAUUACUAAUGCAUACUCGAAAGUGAAAUCCUUAAUAGACCUAAAUGUUGUUAAGACGUAAGUUGAUUCGUGCUCGGAUGUCGGAGGAAUAAUUUGACACGUAGCUAUAUCAUAGGUACCCAUACAUAUAUAAAUAUAUAUAUUAUAUAUAUAUAUAUAUAUAAACGGUUCGAUGACAGAGGAAUUUUAAAAUAGACACGGGAAGACGAGUUCUCCGAUCAAAAUUCACGGGAAGCGGAAUAAACGACAAAAUACACGCUCAGUUUACAUGAUAGCGAACUUUUAUUGUACAAAUAGUAUACGUAUGAGAGAGCGUGUAAUGUUUGACAGUGCGUUUUGUGUACAGAUAAUGUAUUAACGAGAAUAAGCAUUACGAUUGGUAAGGUUUUUAAUUGUAAGGAAGGUUGAGAAUGAUUAAACUGUACGAAUAUUUCGACGAGUAGCAUUAAUUUUAGCAUUUACGCUAAUGUUUUGCUUUAUAACGACAAAUUUACGUAUUUCAAAUAAAACGAUAUUUUUUACUGAAA